GUAGCAUGAGUUUUUAUAUUGAUGAUGUAACUCCUUAGUCUGUUAGUAGACUCCGGUACAGGUACCGUAUUGAUGAUACUGCUGUACCGAGAUAAUGGAAUCAUCUCUUGAUGCAACUCAACAUGAGGGAAAACAGUUUUUGCAAAAUGGAAUGGCUGAGUCUGUGUAUGUGCAAGGUAUUAAAAGGGCUCUGGGUGUUGGAGAGCUUUUAAACAAAAUCGCAAAAGCAGCAGAAUUAAAAAGACAAUAUUUGGAUCAGCUCAGAGCACGAAUAGAGGAGCGUGAAAGGAAUAAAUUAUACAUUAAAGAUUUGGACAAGAAGUUCACGAAUCCUUAUGGAUUUAAGCAAACUAAUUCCUCUCGAUCAUGGAUUAAAAAUAUAUUUGAAGAAGAGGAAACAAGCGAUGACGAAGAUGAUGUCACCGAGGAAGACUACAGAGAAAUGCUGAAACUUCAUAGGAAAAAAAAGGUAAUGAAAAUAAAAUGGGAAAAUGAACCUGCACUUGCAAAGUACAAAUACUACAGUUCUGAUUAUGUAACUAAUCGUGAUCUGUGGCCGUCACACAGAAAGAAUUUUAAAAAACAUUUAAUAAAGAAGAAAAAGAAAUCAAAAGUAGAACAAAAACAGACCAUUACUUCAGGAAUAUCUAAUGAUGUAGGCAGGAUUACAAAUAUUAAAGAAGAAUAUUGUGACGCAGAUUACAAAUCUCCAGAUUCCCAGAUGCUACUGGGUAAAUCAGAUUUAACGAAAAAGAAAAAGCAGCCAAGUAUAGACACCAUAAGGAAACGACAUUGGAAGCUCAUUGCAAAAAAGGACAUUCCAAAAGCGUAUCGUGUGAGAAUGCAGCUGCGUAGUAAUAACCUUGCACUUUUGAGACGAGUUUCACGGGAAUCCAUGAAAAGGCAGAGAGCGAAUGCUGCACUAUCUCUUAAAGUAUCUAAAGAUAAAUCGGGCAGAGCUCGGCGCAUUACAAGAGAAAUGCAACUUUUUUGGAAAAAAUAUAGCAAAGUGGAGAAAGUUCAUCGUAAAAAGGCUGAAAAGCAUGCUUUGGAGCAAAUUAAACUUGACGAGGAAAUGCGAGAAGCGAAAAGGCAACAAAGAAAAUUAAAUUUUUUAAUAUCACAAACUGAACUUUUUGCCCAUUUUAUCAGUAAAAAGUUAGGUAAAGCACAUGAUGGUAUUGAGAAUGAUGAACGCAUUAAAUCAAUAUUGAACACUCUUGAAAAAGAUUAUAUCGAUAAUGAUAGUCAGGUGUCUGUGAGUGAAGAUGCUUCAUUCGAACAUGACUUUGACGAUCAUGAUGGGAGUUAUUAUUCAGACAAGGCUAUGAAAAAUGUUAAGAAAGCCAUUGAACAACAACAAAGUCAAACCUCAACUUUUGAUUCUGUAGAAAGUGAAACAAAUAAAUUCUCUGAGUCAUACAGCCUUAUGAACCCAAGUAUUUCUGCCAAUGAGGAACUCAAACAGCCUUCUUUGUUCAAAGGUUUGUUAAAAUCCUAUCAGCUCAAAGGUAUGAAUUGGCUUGUUAAUCUAUACGAACAAGGAAUUAACGGAAUAUUGGCAGAUGAAAUGGGCCUUGGUAAAACCGUUCAAACGAUUGCAUUUUUCGGACAUCUGGCAGAAAAAAUCAAUAUUUGGGGUCCGUUUCUAGUAGUUGCACCUGCAUCUACACUUAAUAAUUGGCAUCAGGAAUUUACAAAAUUUUUCCCAGAGUUUAAAGUAUUACCAUACUGGGGUAAUCCUAAUGAUAGAAAGGUAUUGCGUAAAUUUUGGAAUCAAAAAUCAUCAUACCAUUCUGAAAGGAAUUCUGCUCCCUUUCAUAUCCUGGUGACAAGCUACCAACUUGUGAUAUCAGAUGUGAGAUAUUUCCAACGUAUAAAAUGGCAAUAUAUGGUACUUGAUGAGGCUCAAGCGCUAAAAAGUAGCUCUAGUGCAAGAUGGAAAGUAUUGCUUGAUUUUAAUUGCAGGAACAGACUACUUUUAACAGGAACACCAAUCCAAAAUACAAUGGCUGAGCUGUGGGCUUUAUUGCACUUUAUUAUGCCUUCCUUAUUUGAUAGCCACAGUGAGUUCAAUGAGUGGUUUUCAAAAGACAUUGAGAACCACAUAGAAAAUAAAUCCAAUAUUGAUGAAACCCAGCUUUCUAGAUUGCACAUGAUUCUCAAACCUUUUAUGCUGCGUCGCAUAAAGCGUGAUGUUGAAAAUGAGUUAUCUGAAAAGAUUGAGGUUCGAGUACAUUGUAGCUUGACUCCCCGACAACAAAGUUUGUACAAUGGUGUGAAACAAAAUAUAAGAUUAGAAGAUAUUUUAAAAUCAUCUGGAAAUACUUAUGUAAGCUCUGGAGGAACAGCACUCAUGAAUAUUGUAAUGCAAUUUAGAAAAGUUUGCAAUCACCCAGAUUUGUUUGAAAGACGUGAAAUCACUUCCCCUUUGCAUUCAGAUCCGAUUCCUUUCUAUUUUUUACCGAGACUUAUUUAUAGAGAGGGAAUAUUGUCAAGAAUCUCUCCAGGAAGAAGGAAACUUUUAUACUGUGACUUGAAUAUUCAUCACCCACACAACAUUCAGCAAUCGUUGUUUUAUCAGAAUGGGUCAUCAGACUUUUCUUUUUUGCGAUUACUGUGCGUAUCACACACAAUGUACUGGAAAGUAAUGGGAUCAAGCGCAAAAUUUAGAUGGCUUUUAGAUGCAAAUAUGCUCACUGUCAAAAAAUCUAUCUAUCUGAAGCAUAUUUUUCAUUCUGAUAAUUUAUUGCGGGAUGCCCCAGAUGAUUACGAAAAAGACAUAAAAAACAAUUUUAAUUUAAAAGAUUUUUUAUUGAUUGAUACAAAUUUUUUGGAUUGGUUUUGCCCUGAAUCACCUUUUCGAAAACUAGUCUUCACUACAUAUUGCAUGGAUGGUUAUACACAUGUUAAUAAAAUUAUAAAAUUGCAAAGCAGAAAUGGAAGUAGUGACCAUCAAAAUCAGCAAUCAGUUUAUCAAGGGCAUCAAUUCAUCUCAAUGCCGAAGCUUCUGAUGUCUUUAUAUUUCCCUGCAAUUACAGUUGGUGUGCAAGAUAUCUACUGCUGUGAUACCAAUGCUUGUAUUGAAUUAUCACAGCCAUCAUUUGGGGAUAUGAUGACUCCAUUGCUGUAUGGCCCAUCUGUGGAAAAUAUCGAGUUUUACAGCUUGAGUCAGCCACCUAAUAUCCCAAAUAAACAGACAAUAUUCUGGAAGCAUGCAAACACUGGAUCUGGUCUUGUUGCACUAUCUCCACCAGCUGGUUGGUCUAACAUCAAUAUACCUGAAAAGGAAUACUUGGUAAUGGAUAGUGGUAAACUCUAUGCAUUGGAUGUUUUACUAAGACGACUGAAAGCUGAAGGACAUCGAGUUCUUAUUUACUCACAAAUGACUAGAAUGAUCAAUAUAUUAGAGGAAUAUAUGUGGUAUCGUAGACAUACAUAUAUUCGUCUUGAUGGGUCAUCUCGUAUUUCUGAACGUAGAGAUAUGGUUGCUGAUUUUCAGUCUCGUUCAGAUAUUUUUGCCUUUCUUCUCAGUACCAGAGCGGGUGGUUUAGGUAUCAACUUGACUGCUGCAGACACUGUGAUAUUUUAUGAUAGUGAUUGGAAUCCAACUGUCGAUCAGCAAGCUAUGGAUCGAGCUCAUCGACUUGGACAAACAAAGCAGGUAACUGUAUACAGACUUGUGUGUCAAGGAACAGUGGAUGAAAGAAUUUUACAGCGUGCCGAAGAAAAAAAUGUUAUUCAAAGAAUGGUUAUUGCUGGAGGUAGUUUUAAGCCUGAUGCUCUCAAGCCUAAAGAAGUUGUAUCAUUGCUUCUUGAUGAUGAACAGCUCAUGCAAAAGUUGAAAAUGAAGAGGGACGAAAACAGGGGAGAUAUAUUACCUUACAAAGGCAAAAAACGAGGGAGGAAAACUAAUGCUGAAAGAGAAGAAAAACGUAUCAAGCUUAUGCAAGAACAAGGAGUAACUGACCCUUCAUGUAAUAUAACAAUAUCUCACUCUGAGUCGAACUCACCAUCAAAUAACUUAUUCGAGAGUAAAUUUUUAACUGGAACUUUAGCACCUGCAGAUGAGGAUUCCAAAUCCAGCUCAUUUUUUGAUUCUGCUCCAACUAGUCCGGCCAGUGGAAUUUCUGGAAAUAGUGAUCAGCGUUAUCCAGAUGAAGAUCUCAUCAUUAUUGAUGAUCUGGAUUCACCGGCCAAUAUAGGAACACCGAAUGUUAGAUCAUUUAGGGGUAGAGGUGGUCGUGGCUCUGGCAGGGCAAGAGGAAGGCCUCGGAUCAGACCGCUGAUUCCAGAAGCACCAAAGCGAAGUUAUAAUCGUUCUUCAACCACCCGAAUAGGAACUAGGAGUCGAAGGGCAAGUAGAGCAAAAAGGAUAUUCACUGGCCGUGCAGCUGCUAUGGCAGGUGCAAGAGCUGGCGCAGUGGCUGCUUCAGCGGCAACAUAUGCAACUUAUGGGUAUGGACUGGAACCAACAGACAACUUUCUGCACCAAAAAGAUAGUACAAUUUCUAAACCUUCAUCAACCACAUGACUUUUUUUAUCCGAUUGAUCAUUGUUUUACAAUACAAAUUCAAUCAUGGAGA